AUGGCCAGCAACUCCAGCGCACUGCCCCGGGUGACUUUCCAGACACCAGAGAAACCUGGGGAGGAAUCAUCACACAGGAAACUGGGCAAGUUAACCAUCAAGUACAACCGCAAAGACCUACAGCGCUGGCUAGACCUGGAGGAAUGGAUCAACACCCAGCUGCAGGAGCUGUACCAGUGCCGGCUAAGAGAGGAAACAGAGGCAGCAGCUCCUGAACCACAAAUUGAUCUUGAAGAUCUCCUGGAGGUCCCCAAUGAAGAACAGAAAUUAAAACUACAGGAAAUCCUCCACGAGUGCUCCAACCCGACAGAGGACUUCAUUACAGAAUUGCUCAGUCGAUUGAAAGGCCUCCGGAGAGUCACCAGUCCUCAGAAGAAAUGA